UAGAGGAUCCGAGUCCUUAUUUCGCGAUACGCACCGAGACCUCUUCUUCCCUUCUUUUGGAUCGCCUCCUCUCUCUGUCUCUCUCUCUCUCUCUCUAAGAGCGAAACCUAGCUAGGGUUAGGGUUUGUGAUCCAUUCCCUCCGCCAUCAUGUAUCGAGUUGCUGGCUCCCGCCUUCGGGCUCUCAAGCGAAAUGCCUGUGAGACUGGAGUUCUUGGCGCUGCAACAAGAUUAGCUAGUACAGCUGUUGCAAAACCUUCUUCUGGAGGCUCCGGAUUCUUUGGCUGGCUCACUAGGGGUUCUCAGAAACUUCCCUCUCUGGAACUCCCUCUUGAGGGGGUCACACUGCCCCCACCCUUGCCUGAUAAAGUAGAAGCGGGCGAGACAAGGAUUACAACUCUUCCAAACGGAGUGAAAAUUGCCUCUGAAACAUCACCUAACCCAGCUGCUUCUAUUGGGCUCUAUGUAGAAUGUGGUUCUGUAUACGAGACACCUGCUUCACUUGGAGUCACACAUCUUUUGGAGAGGAUGGCCUUCAAGAGUACUACGAACAGGAGCCACUUGCGCCUUGUGCGUGAAGUUGAGGCAAUUGGAGGCAAUGUUACAGCAUCUGCUUCUCGUGAACAAAUGGGUUACACUUAUGAUGCUCUAAAAACCUACAUGCCGGAAAUGGUUGAGGUGCUAAUUGAUUCUGUCAGGAAUCCUGCUUUUCUUGACUGGGAAGUAAAUGAGCAGCUGCAAAAAGUGAAGGCUGAGAUUGGUGAAAUUUCUAACAAUCCACAAGGUUUGCUAUUGGAGUCACUUCACUCUGCUGGGUACUCUGGUGCAUUAGCAAAUCCUCUGAUGGCACCAGAAUCUGCUAUUAAUAGACUAAAUAGUGAUAUUUUGGAGGACUUUGUUGCUCAAAACUAUACUGCUUCCAGAAUUGUUCUUGCUGCAACUGGUGUAGACCAUUCAGAAUUGGUUUCUAUUGCUGAGCCACUUCUCUCUGACCUUCCCAAGGUGCCUCGUCCACAGGAACCAAAAUCUGUGUAUGUUGGUGGAGACUACAGGUGUCAAGCAGAUUCUAGUAACACACAUGUUGCUCUUGCUUUUGAGGUUCCUGGUGGCUGGCACCAGGAUAAGGAAGCUAUGACCGUUACAGUACUUCAGAUGCUUAUGGGUGGGGGAGGCUCCUUUUCUGCAGGAGGUCCUGGAAAAGGAAUGUACUCUCGAUUAUAUCAACGUAUACUGAAUGAGCAUCCACAGAUUCAGUCAUUCUCUGCUUUCAACAGCAUCUACAACAACAGUGGGCUUUUUGGAAUUCAUGCAACAACUGGUCCAGAUUUUGUUUCUAAAGCUGUGGAUUUAGCAGUGAGAGAACUUCUUGCUAUUGCAACACCAGGACAAGUUGACCAGAAACAACUGGAUCGUGCCAAGGCGUCAACUAAGUCUGCAAUUCUGAUGAAUCUUGAAUCAAGAAUGGUAGCAUCAGAAGACAUCGGCAGACAAAUAUUGACAUAUGGAGAGAGGAAACCGAUUAAAUAUUUCCUAGAAGCAAUCGAGCAAGUCACUCUGAAGGAUAUUGAAGCACUUUCGAGGAAGAUGAUUUCAUCUCCACUUACAAUGGCUUCAUGGGGAGACGGUAAGUCCCUAAUCAUCGGAAAUUAA